GCACGUGCCAAAUGACGUCUGUUGGAAAACCAAAACAAGUCUUCGGUGCAUUGUUGCGACAUCGUUGUUUGUUUCAAUUCGUCCUGUUUUAAAAGCAGAUUUCAAAAUAUUAUUUUGGUUUCCUAACUCCGUGUGCAUGCUGUAGUUCGGUGAAACCAACCUGGCACCGGAGUUUCAGCAGCCAUGGCUCAGCAGAGAGGCGUUAACAGCCUGCAGUUCAACCAGGACCAGAGCUGUUUUUGCUGUGCAAUGGAGACCGGGGUCAGGAUUUACAAUGUUGAGCCGCUGAUGGAGAAGGGUCACCUGGACCACGAGCAGGUGGGCAGUGUGGCCCAGUGCUCCAUGCUGCAUCGCUCUAACCUGCUGGCAAUAGUCGGAGGUGGAGUCAAUCCCAAAUUCUCCGAAAUAUCUGUUUUGAUCUGGGACGACGCUCGAGAGUCCCGUGACCCUAAAGAAAAGCUGGUGCUGGAGUUCACCUUCACCAAACCUGUUCUAGCUGUGCGUAUGAGACAUGACAAGAUCAUUAUUGUGUUGAAGAACAAGAUCUAUGUGUACAGUUUUCCAAACAACCCUGUCAAACUUUUUGAAUUUGACACCAGAGAUAACCCCAAAGGUCUGUGUGAUUUGUGUCCCAGUCUGGAGAAGCAGCUGUUGGUCUUUCCAGGUCACAAAUGUGGCAGCCUUCAGCUGGUUGACCUGACCAACACCAAGCCCGGUACAUCGUCUGCCCCGUUCACCAUCAACGCCCAUCAGAGUGAGAUCGCCUGCGUUGCGUUGAACCAGCCGGGCAGCGUCGCAGCUUCAGCCUCCCGCAAAGGGACCCUCAUUCGGCUGUUUGACACCACCACCAGAGACAAACUAGUGGAGCUGCGCAGAGGAACCGACCCCGCCACCCUCUACUGCAUCAAUUUCAGCCACGACUCGUCUUUCCUGUGUGCCUCCAGCGACAAAGGCACCGUCCACAUCUUUGCUCUUAAAGACACCAAACUUAACCGCCGCUCAGCCCUGGCACGUGUUGGGAAGGUGGGCCCUGUGAUUGGUCAAUAUGUGGACAGCCAGUGGUCACUGGCCAGCUUCACGGUGCCUGCUGAGUGCGCCUGCAUCUGUGCUUUUGGAAAGAACACAUCCAAGAAUGUCAACUCGGUCAUCGCCAUCUGUGUGGACGGGACCUUCCAUAAGUACGUCUUCACACCGGAUGGAAACUGCAACAGAGAAGCGUUUGAUGUGUAUCUGGACAUAUGUGAUGAUGAUGACUUCUGAACACAAACGAGGAAGAAGAGACCGUUUAUCUGAGCUGAAGAAGUUUUGGUCAGGAGAUGGUUGGAAAACGACUGUCAACGAGAAACGGACUCAGUGCUGUAGCCUGUUUCAUAAAGUGUUGUUUAUGUAAGCUGCUGAAUCUGUAGUGUAGCAGUCUGAACACAGAAACACUUUUCUAUGAGCCUGUAUCUCAUCAAGCUGCUUGCUUGAUGUUAAAUAGACCAGUAAUAUGUUGUAUUCAUAAAAGUAGAUAAAAUCAGAAAAAAAAACAAUUUAUAAAUUCCCAUUAAUUGUUUUUUUAAUUAGAUUGUUAUAAAUAAAUCUAAUCAUUUCAUUUUGCAAAACUUUUAGGUUUGUCUUUCACCUGCCCAAGAUAUAAUACAUGUGCAACUUCAAUAUGUGCAGUCAUGGAGGGAAAACAUCCAUCCUCUUUAACUUCUAGGGUUUUUCACAUGAACACAAUAAAAAUCAUCUGAUUUUUACCCAGUUCUGAAAUUAACAAAAUCUAAGCUCUAGUGUAUGAAAACACACGUUUUUUUUCACCAUGCCAUUAUUAAUUUAAGCGAAAAUGGAAAGUCUGUGUUAAAAACUAAACUCUGUGCUAUUUCUGCAGAGGGAAAGUAGCAGCCUUGUACUGCUGAUGGAACAGACUUAUCAUCAGUAAUUAUUUAAAUGACCUCUAUAAAAACAGGGGUUUUGUCAGUUUGUACAGGAAAGAUAUUAGCAAUGACAUCGGUAAAGCAACUGUUGCAGCCCAUCAAUCUGGAAAGGGUUAAAGGUCGUUUCAAAACAUUUUGGAGUUUAUCAUUUACAGAGCUGAAGAUUGUUCACAAGCAGAAACCGUUUAAGACAGACGUUUAUCAGUUGUGCCAGGAGUAAAAACACCCAUUAAGGUCACCCCAAAGUCAGAUUGUGCAACUCUCAGAAAAACUGCAAACCUCUCAGGGCCUGAUCUACUAAAGGUUUGCAUGUAUAAAAAACGUGCAAACGUAAUAGCAUGUGCAAAGCUCAUCUUCUGACCAUGUGCACUGAGGAUUGCAUUUGUCAAAUGAGUAAAAUUGCAGACACAAUCCAUUUAGCGUGUUUGACUUCAUGAACAUGAAUAUAUGAUUAUCAGAAUGUGCAAAAUACUGGGAGGAGGAGAGCACCCACAGUGUGAUUUAUCAAACCUGAAACUGAUUGUGGUUGCCUUUUUUGUAUUUAUACUGUAUUUAGCAUUUGCGCAAGGCAGGUGCAAACUGGCUGGGCUCAUUGUGGCCAGAAGGAGGCAAAGGUGCAAUGACAAACGAUGGAGGGAGAAUGUUUUGUUCAUGUGUAAGAAAUAAAAAUAGAGAAAUAUCGUCUAUCCAA